AUGGUGAGUAAGAUUCUUCCAAAUUUAAGAGAAUUGAGGGUAAGUGAGUGUGAUCUUUUAGAUAUAAAUAUUUCUCCUUUGUUUGACUCAUUUUGCAACACUUCCUCUUCUCUUACCAUCCUUGAUAUCUCUUCUAAUAUGCUAACAUCAUCAACCUUUAAGUGGCUAUUCAACUUCACCUCUAACUUAAAGGAGCUUUAUCUUUCAAAUAAUAAGUUUGUUUUGUCAUCUUUGAGUUUGAUGAACUUUCAUUCUCUCUUGAUCCUUGACCUCUCUCAUAAUAAGUUGACACCAAUUGAAGCUCAAGAUAAUUUCAUUUUCAACUUCACCACCAAAUAUCAAAAGCUUUAUCUUCGAAACUGCAGUCUUUCAGAUAGAAACAUUCCCUUACCAUAUGCAUCCAAUUCAAAGUUGUUAUCUGCUCUCGUCUCCCUCGAUAUCUCAUUUAAUAUGUCGAAAUCAUCAGUUAUAUUCUAUUGGCUUUUUAAUUUCACAACCAAUCUUCAUAGGCUUCACCUGUCAAAUAAUUUGUUGCAAGGUCACAUUCCAGAUAACUUUGGUAACAUAAUGAACUCUCUUUCAUAUCUCAACCUUUCUAACAACGAACUGCAGGGCGAGAUUCCAACAUCCUUCGGGAACAUAAGCACAUUGCAAACCUUAUUACUUUCCAAUAACCAAUUAUGUGGGAAAAUACCUAAAAGUAUAGGCUUGCUAUCUAUGUUGGAGUAUCUCAUCUUAAAUAAGAACUCGUUGGAGGGUAAAGUCAUUGAAUCACAUUUUGCUAGCUUGUCCAAUUUGAUAAGGUUAGAACUGUCAUACAAUUCUUUAUCUCUAAAAUUCAACACUGAUUGGGUUCCACCGUUCCAAUUAAGUAGAUUGGAAUUAGCAUCUUGUAGUUUGGGUCCAAGUUUUCCAAGAUGGCUUCAGACACAAAGUUACUUGUUGAGUCUGAAUAUCUCUAAUGCAAGAAUUGAUGACACUGUUCCAUCAUGGUUCUGGCAUAUGUCACAAAAUAUGUAUGCAUUGAAUCUCUCCUACAACAACUUGAAAGGAACCAUUCCAGAUUUACCACUUUCAUUUACUUACUUUCCAAUAUUGAUUUUGACUUCAAACCAAUUUGAAAAUUCAAUUCCACCAUUCAUGUUGAAAGCAGCAGCAUUGCAUCUUUCUCAUAACAAAUUCUCAAAUUUGGAUUCACUUUUAUGUCACAAAAAUGAUACAACUAAUUCCUUGGGAAUUUUAGAUGUAUCAAACAAUCAACUGAAAGGCGAGAUACCCGACUGUUGGAAUAGUCUGAAGUCAUUACAGUAUCUUGAUCUUAGCAAUAAUAAAUUGUGGGGAAAGAUUCCACUAUCCAUAGGCACCCUUGUGAAUUUGAAGGCUUUGGUUCUACACAACAAUACUUUAACUGAAGACCUACCUUCUUCCAUGAAGAAUUUGACCGAUUUAACAAUGUUGGAUGUUGGUGAAAAUAAAUUGUCUGGUUCAAUUCCUUCAUGGAUUGGCGAAAACCUACACCAAUUGGCGGUCUUGAGUUUACGCUUGAAUCGCUAA